GUCUCUGACUUCUGUCUGUAAUGCUGGAGAACAUCAAAUGUUGCAGAUACCAGCGAAGAAUGAAGUGAAGCUGGAGGAGAUAAAAGAAGAAAACACAGCAGAGGAACAACAGAGAGAAGAAGAUGAUGAUGAUGAUCAAACCUCCACAGACUGUCUGAAUUCUGUCUGUAACGCUGCAGAACAGCAGAUGCUGCAGAUACCAGUGAAGAAUGAAGUGAAGCUGGAGAUAAAAGAAGAAACCACAGCAGAGGAACAACAGAGAGAUGAUGUUUUUAUUUCUUCAGAACCUUGUAGGGACAAGCCUAUUCAAUGUGGUCCAGAAGCACCAAACACAACAAAAAAGAUAAUUCUGGACAAUGACUCUUUUAAGGAUUACUGUGUUCGAGAAGAUGAUACGAAAACAUGGGCAAUCCUGGAUAGCUGUCUGGACAUCAGUUUCCCGCAAUUUGGUUCAGAGGACUUGUUUAACAGCACCCCUGAUACCUCUUUAAAUGCGCUUUUGGAUUUCUCCAGUAGUCCAGACACAGCCACUCUGCCUGCAUCCAACACCACUGGAGCCCUCCUCCCAGCCACUCUGCCUGCCUCCAACACCACUGGAGCCCUCCUCCCAGCCACUCUGCCUGCCUCCAACACCACCGGAGCCCUCCUCCCAGCCACUCUGCCUGCCACUCUGCCUGCCUCCAACUCCACCGGAGCCCUCCUCCCAGCCUCUCUGCCUGCCUCCAACACCACUGGAGCCCUCCUCCCAGCCACUCUGCCUGCCUCCAACUCCACCGGAGCCCUCCUCCCAGCCUCUCCGCCUGCCUGUCUGCCUGCCUCCAACACCAAUGGAGCCCUGUCUACCUCGGCCCCUCCGAUGAGGGAACCAUGUGGCCAGAAAUGCAGGAGAAAAUGUUCAGAGAAAUUUAGUGAGGAAUGGCGAAAGAAGAUUUGGGUCAUGUACUGGAACAUGGACUACACCGAAAAACGUGCAUUUAUGUUCUGUAACAUAACCCAGCUACCAACGGCAAGAUUGUUUGUCCCCAAAGGAACGAGUCGGCGCAGCAGGUCUUUUGUUUACAGGCUUAAAAAUGAGGAUCAGGUUCCACAGCAGGUCUGCAAGAAUUUCUUUUUGGCCACUUUGGGGUACCACCCAACAAAUGACAGCCUGGUCCUGUCGGUGAUGAGAAGGGAAAUGGGAAAUGAGGAGAUCCCAAAGGAUCAAAGAGGGAGACACACACCGGGCAACAAACUGGACCUGCAGCCAUUGUUGGAUCACAUUGAGUCUUUUCACCCUUCCGCCAGUCAUUAUCGGAGGGAACAUGCUCCCCAUCGCCGCUAUCUCCCUAGUUACAUUAGCAUCAAACUGAUGUAUGCAGACUGGCUGGAAAAGGGCAACAGGUGCUCCUACGAAACAUAUCGCAAAGCAGUGCGGCAUCAGCUUCACAAAGCUUGGAGAGGAGGAAUGUGAGGAGUGCUUGCUGCAUGAACAUGCCUGUGAUGACGAUGUCAUGGACUGCUUGGAAUAUGAGCGCUGGCGCAAACAUAAAAAUUCUGCUUUGCAGUGCAGACUCGCAUAUCAGGCUGAUGCAGAGAAGGACUGGCAGUGAGACACAUCAGUGAGGAGUGUGGACCUCAAGAAGGUUAUUAUGUUGCCACGCAUGCCUGGAGUUAAAACUGCCAUCUUCACCCGGCGUAUAGUGGCAUACCAUGAGACCUUUGCCUCAGUGGGGAAGAAAGUGAAUAAAAAACACACCAUCUCUGUGGUCUGGCAUGAGGGCAUGGCGGGCAGAAGUGCUCAAGAAAUAGCAUCAGCUUAUGUGAUGGCAUUGGAGAAAGAGCGAGAUGUCAGACACAGCAUCUACUGGGUGGACAAUUGUGCAUCCCAGAACAAGAACUGGUGUCUGUUGAGUACGUUAGUCUGCACCAUCAAUGCUGCCACCUCAGAAAGUGAGGAUAUCACAUUGAAGUACAUUGAGAAGGGACACACCUGAGCGCCGACAGUUUUCACCAUGGUGUAGAGCUGGAGAUGAAGAGGAGGCCUGGCGGUGCUGUCUAUGACUAUGAGGACUUUUUUAGUGUAGUGGCCACUUCCAACUCCAGAAAAGUGGAGGCUUUACACAUGAAAAAUGCCAAUGUACUGAAUUGGAGGGAUGGCCAUUCCACCACGAAGGUCAAGACGGCCCAAAAGUUGAGUGAAAUGGCUGAAAUUCAGCUGCGACGUGGGUCGAGGAGUUUAUUUUACAAGCUCACCCACACAGAUGAAAGCUUCAUUGAAUUGGACUUUCUCCAGAAGAAGUUCAGCAUGAAUGUACCCUCUCUCCUCAGGUUACAUGACCGGGGGAUUGAAGAGGGCAAGAAGAUUGAAAUUAUUAAAAACUGUGUCCUCUUAUGCCUUCCAGCAGAAUGGCCUUCUGGGUCUCGCUGCCUGUGAACAUGGAGGAUGAGGAAUGAGCAGUCUCUAAUGUAUUGGUCUAAUGUUUAAUUAAUUAUUACUCUAUAUCUUGCAUUUAAAUACAUAUACCUUUGUAUUCAAUUAUAAUUAAAUUAUCUUUAUUGUGAAAGUAUUUAUUCAUACUGUACUGCAAAGUAACUUAUCUGUCAUACUGUUUAACUGUGUUAGUGUUGCUGCACUAUCCUUAUCAUUAUAGCACUAAAUGGGAACAACCAAAGGUCUUCUAUGUAAUUUAAAACAAAUACCAUGAUGACUAGACCUGGGUUAGGUGUUCUUAUAAUGGAGUUCUCAGUAUGGUGAACAGCAGUAAAUAUUGAUUAUAUGUCAGUUACUGCCAUUUGCCUUUGCAUGACUCCUGAUUUUUGGCACAUGAUACAAAGGCAGAGUGCAGUAACUGCCAAACAAGGGUCAAAGGUCAAUUUUGAGCUCAAGAUUUUUUGCAUACAAACAUUUCUUCAGUAUAGCAACUAGUUGUGAAAUUUUGGGAGUCCUACCUAUAAUACUUUUGUCUGGACAAAACAGAAACUUUAAAGUCAUUUUUCUCAGUUUCUCACACUAGUGAGUUAAGGUCUUUUGCUUUUGCAGGGCAGCAUUGUAGAGCUGAUGGAAGUGAAAGAGGAAAGUCAAGAACCGAUUGAAGUGGAGGAGAAACCUCAUGAUUUCACAACUGGAGAAAAAUCUUUAAAUGACUCAGACAAAGUUCUCAUCAAAAAAACCUCAAAGGAGAGCAGCCAAGAAAUCUUUAACCUGCUCUCAGUGUGGAAAGAGUUUAAAAUGUAAUAAAGAUCUUAAUAUACACAUGAGAAUUCACACCUGAGAGAAACCUUACAUGUGUUAUCAGUGUGGAAAGUGUUUCACUAUUAAAGGAAACCUUGAUGUACACAUGAGGAUUCAUACUAGAGUGAAACCAUACAAGUGCUCACACUUUGACAUUUACAUAUAUGCAUUUGGCAGACGCUUUUAUCCAAAGCGACUUACAGUGCACUUAUUACAGGGACAAUCCCCCCUGGAGCAAUCUGGAGUUAAGUGCCUUACUCAAGGACACAAUGGUGGUGGCUGUGGGGCUCGAGCCAGCAUCCUUCUGAUUACCAGAUUACCAGUUAUGUGCUUAGACCACUACACCAGCACCACUCUUUGAAAGGAGUUUUAUUCAGUCAUAUGUCCUGAAAAACCAUGAGAGAAUUCAUACAGGAGAGAAACCAUACAUCAUGGUUUUAGGGUCAUGGUUUCGGUACGGUUGGUGCCAGACGGGCUGGUUUGAGUAUUUCUGUAACUGCUGAUCUCAUGGGAUUUUAACAUACAAUUUACUCUGAAUUGUGCCAAAAACAAUAAAGAUCCAGUGAGUGCCAGUUCUGUGGAUGAAAAUGCCUGGUUGAAGAGAGAGGUCAACAUAGAAUGGCCAGACUGGUUCGAACUGACAGUCUACG